AUGGCGGCUUUGAUGGAGGAGCUCGUCGAAGAGAUCCUUCUCCGCGUCCCCCCGGCGCAUCUCAUCCGUGCCGCCAUGGUCUGCAAGGCCUGGUGCCGCAUCCUCUCUGAUGGCGGAUUCCGCCGCCGCUACAGCCGGUUCCACCGAACGCCUAAUCUGCUGGGCUACUUCUACAACGGCGCCUUCAUGGACGCCCCCGAGUUCGUCCCAACCACUAGUUUCUCACCGCCGCCGGUGCCUACAAGCUGCUACUACAUGGCCCGUGACUGCCGCCAUGACCGUGUGCUGAUCGAUGACAUUAACGACGACUCACCAGGCUUCAUCGUCUGGGACCUCGUCACCGGCAACCGGCAGCACCUGAGCUUUCCCCCUUGCGCGCACACUGGUCAGCAGACCUACCUAUGCUCUUCCACUGAUGCUGUGCUAUGCGCCCGCCAUCAGCAUGGCUGCGACCACCUCGACUGUCAUGGCGGUCCGUUCCUCGUGGUCUCUGUGAAGACACAAACAACCGGCGCGGAGAAUUAUGCCACGAGCACGUGCACGUUCUUCUUAUUGGAGAUGCGCUCUACUUCACCCUUCAGUGUGCUGUGA